AUGUUCUUUACUAUACUAUUCAUUGCUGUCAUAUUCGUGGGUUUAGUAGUGGCAUUGCCAUACUUUUCCGGCUUAACUACUUUAGAAGUUGAUAAAAAGACAAGACAACAACAAAAGAACUUGGAAAAGAAACAACAGCAGCAACAGCAACAUCAACAACAAAGUUAUGGGUACGUGCCACCUGAUGAACAAAGACGUUUGGAAGAAGAACAAAAACAAGCUCAUUCAUUGAAAGCUAGAGCUUCGGCAUUCAAAGAUAAAAUCAAUGUUACAUCAGAAGAUAUUCCUAUUAAGAUUAAAUUGAAUUCAUUAAAUAAUCCAACUUCAACGUUAAGAAACAGACAUAAAGAGAAAUUGGAUAUUGACAACGAUCCAAAUAAUUAUGAUUAUGAUUUAGAUGAAUUGAUUGAAGAAGAAACUAAUCAAGCUAAAGUAGAUCAAGAAACUGAGUUUUAUAAACAUGAAACCAUUGGAAAGGAUAAAGAAGAAAUGGUUUAA